AUGGUGGACCCUGUGCCGGAAGAGGAGAAGGAGGGAGCCGAGCCUGAAGGUUCAGGAGGGGACGGCGCUGCCGCGUCCGUGCCCCCUGACGCCCAGGGCGCCCAGCAGCCCGCCGCCUCCUCGGCCUCGGCCUCCGCGGCGGCGCCCCGCAAGGCUGAAGUCCCGAGCGUAGCGGAAGAAGGCGGGCGGCGGGAGCAGUCUCCACUGCUGCAUCUCGACCUCUUCAACUUCGACUGUCCGGAGGCCGAGGGCAGCCGCUACGUGCUGACCAGCCCUCGCUCGCUGGAGGCCUGCGCUCGCUGCGCCGUCAAGCCAGUGGAGCUGCUGCCAAGGGCCCUGGCCGACCUGGUGCGCGAGGCCCCGGGCCGCUCCAUGAGAGUGGCCACCGGCCUGUACGAGGCCUACGAAGCGGAGCGACGCGCCAAGCUGCAGCAGUGCCGGGCCGAGCGCGAGCGCAUCGUGCGCGAGGAGAAACGGCGCCUCUUCACGCCACUGGGCCAGGCGGCCGCCGCCGCCUCGGGCGCCAGCGCGGGCGGCAGCAGCAGCAGCUGCAGCAGCGCCAGCCUCCCGGCCUCGCCCGCGCCGCGUGCCGCCCGCAAGGCCUCCUCCAGCCCGUCCCCUGCUCGGACGCAACCUCCGCCCGCGGGUUCGCGGGCAGGUAGGAAGAGCCACUCGCUAGACUCGCUGUCCCGCCGGCGCGAGGGCGCCCUCAGCUCCGAGUCCGGCGCGUCGUCGUCGUCCUACAGCGGGGAGAGCCUGCGGGAGCUGCGCUGGCCUCCGCGGGCCUCGGCCAGGAACAGCUGCCCAGCGGGCUCCGCGUCCUCCGCCCCCAACCCUCUGGGCCGCCCAUCUGCCCUGGCCCUGGUGCCGCUCACCGGCCGCAGCUUCAGCCUGGGCGACCUGAGCCACUCGCCGCAGACGGCUCAGCACGUGGAGCGCAUAGUGCGCCAAGUGCGCGCCGAGCGGGGCCUGCGGGGAGUGCCGGAGCGCGACCGCAAGAUCGCGGCGCUGAUGCUGGCGCGCCACCAGGAGGAGCGCCUGCUGCUGGAGCAGCGCGCCGCGGCCCACGGCCAAUGGGAGCAGCAGCGCGUGCGCGCCGAGCAGCGGCGGGAACGCGAGGAGCGGGAGAAGCAGCGCGCGCUGGAGCAGGGCCGCCGGGCCUGGGCGGCGCAGGUGGAGGAGCGGCGCGGCCGCCGGGGGCGCGAGGAGCUCGAGGCGGCGCGACGACGGCAGCGGCAGUGCGAGCGCAGCGAGGAGCGGCGGCGGGAGCUGGCGGAGCGUCAGGGCCUGCUGCGGCGGGAGCGGGCGGAGCGCGCGGCCCGGGAGGAUAGGCUGCGCAAGCUGCAGCAGGAACAGAACCUGAAGCAGCGGGAGGAGGGCCUGCAGGAAGGGCGCGAGCGGGCCGAACAGGCCCGCCGGGAGCGCGCCCAGCGCGCGGCCCGCACCAAGCAGCGGCAGGAGGGCCAGCUGCAGCGGGAGAAGCGGGAGCUGAGCCGGGCCGAGCGGGCGCGCCACGAGGCGCUGCUGCAAGGCCGGGUCCGGCAGGAGCGCGCGGAGCGAGAGGGCCUGCGGAGCUCGCUGGAGGCCAGCUUGGGCCGCGCGCAGGAGAACUACGAGCAGCUGGUGGAGCAGCGCGCCCGCGAGCUGCGGGAGCGGGCCCGGCGGGAGGAGCUGCAGGGCCGGCGGGCCAAGGAGACGGCCGAGCGCAAAGAGCGCGAGCACCAGGCGCACCUGGAGGCGCUGGCCCGGGCCGGAGAGCGGCGGCUGCAACAUGCGGCGCAGGCGGCCGAGGAAGCGGUGCAGCAGAAGGCGCGGCGUGUGGGCCAGAGUCGGUUGGAAAAGGAGCGGGCCCAGCGCGCCAAUAAGGAGAAGGUGGAGAGGGACGAAGACUGCCGCCGGCGGGAGCUACUGCAGGCCAUCGGGCGCAAGCUGGAGCGCAGCGAGCAGCUGUCUCGGGAGCGGAGGAGCGCGCUGGAGAGCGCCCGCUCCACAGCCCGGGCCUCCUUCCACGUGCGGGAGAAGGUGCGAGAGGAAACCAACACGCGCUCCUUUGACCGCAUGGUGCGGGAAGCCCAGCUGCACGCCAACCUGGACCGCAAAUGA